ACGCCACGUAGGAACGUGUAAGGCAUCCUGAGGGCCUCCCCGCUGGCUGAUGGCAAGGAAGCAAUUGUGCUUGUCACACACUACCGUAAUAUCGGUACAGAUAGCGGUGAGAACUCCGGGUUAUCGUUGGGACUGGCCUUGUUAAAGUACCUUUCAAGGGCGAAAUGGCUGGCUAAAGACGUGAUUCUUCUCGCUGCAGACGAUGGAGUUUUAGAUGGAAGUGACGGGUAUGCUUCUGGUAAAGAAGCCUGGUUGCAAGCGUACCAUCUAGAUCCAGUAGACAGCGGCUUACAGGGUGUUCUACCUAUGAGAGCUGGUGUCAUCCGUGCCGCAGUCAACCUGGAGACGCUGUACAACUCACGUCACGUGGAUUCGGUCGGGAUUUACACGGCGGGGACGAAUGGCCAGCUGCCAAACUUGGAUCUUGUCAACACAGCCGUGCGCGCGUUCCGUCAGCACCAGAUUCCUACGAUUCUGGAUCGUGCUGAUGUCCAGGAAGACGGCGAACAUAAGAGCUAUGUUUCAAGAGUUCUAGGGUCCAUCUCGAGCUUGAACGAGCAGUAUACACCGCCGGAGCUCAAGGAAAAGGCUCGAAACUACCUGACGAACCUCAAGGGAAUGCUGCACUUUAUGACGACGUUGGCGGCGGGGCCUUCGGGCCCUCACGCCAACUUUAUCAGCUACAAUAUCGACAGUAUCACGCUGUCGCUUACAAAGAGUCAAACCUCAGUUGGACGUCCACUGGCCUCGCGUGAUAUACUACGGUCGAUUGAGAUGGUGGUUCGAGCACUCAGCAAUCUGGAAGAGAAGCUGCAUCAGUCGUUUUUCCUCUAUUGGGUGAGUACAUUUACGCCGUGCUUCUGGUAA